GCCGCUCGCCUCAGCGUCGGCGGCGGGACGGGAGCGGGUGGCCGCGACACACAGAGCACUAUGUCACUGGCAUCCUGGUUCAGGUGGAAUGAGCCCCCAAAUCGCAUUUCCCAGAGGAACCCCACAGAAAUGGUGGUUGAGACGCUAAUGAUGGAGCUGAGCUGGCAGACCAAGCAGGCAGAGAAGCAGCAGCGAGAGCGAGAGAAUGAGUAUCGCAAGAUCAAGACUGGGGUGGACUACGGCUGGCUGGUCAGCUAUCCAAAGCAGAGCUAUGAUAUCCGCCCAGGAGAACGGCUGCAGCUGGAGGAUAUGUGUACCAAAAUACAUCCUUCCUACUGUGGGCCUGUCAUACUCAGAUUCCGGCAACUCAUUGCUGAAUAUGAACCAGAAGUGCAGGAAGUAUCCCGGCUCUUCCGCUCUGUCCUGCAGGAAGCUGCCGAGAAGAUCAAAGAGGAGGAAGAGGCCAAGAAGCUUGCAAGGCAAUGGAACACAAAGAACAAAACCAGCCUCUCCUUAACAACAUUUAAAUCUCGGUCCAGGAUUUCCCCAUUCAUCAGUGACAUCAAGACCAUCUCUGAGGAUGUGGAACGGGGCACCCAGCCCACCAGGAGGGUCUGGAGCAUGCCAGAAUUUCGGAAUGCCAAGGAUUACUGACUCUAUACUGAAUAAGGUUUUUAGACAGUGAUCUUUCAAAAUCCCAGUUAACCCUUUUUUAGCUCUACUGUUUCUUCUUUGUUCCAGCUCUCUCUUCCUGCCUGUCUCUUGGAAGCUGUGUCCAUAGUAACUGCUGCUGAUGCCCGUGGUGUGUGACAAUUUAUUACCAACCAUGCUAGCCUUUCCUUUAAUUUAGUAGCUAUUCAGUAACCUUAAGGGCAAGGCUCACUUACUAUCUCAUUUUUAUUACUGCUUUCUUGUGGAAAAUGAAUUAGUUUUGUGAUCUCCGUCUUCUCCCUUUCCUCCCCAGCCUGGAUGUAGUUAUCUAUAAAAGCUUUUAGCCCAAGCUAGUGAGAGCUGCUGGCUGGACCGAUCUUGCUGAAAGCAAGACAGCCACUUACAUGAGUAAGGCUUGCAGGAUCAGGCCUGUGAGUUAAAGCUUGUAUCUGAUUUGGAACUGAACUUCUUUUUCCAACUAAUAACCUUCCUCAGUGCUACAAGAAACUUCACAGGUAACCUCAGCACUGCUCUUAAUCAGCUUUUUGCUGACAAUUCAUAAUCCAACCUGAGUAGAAACAGACCCAAGCUUUUUGAGAUGAAAGACCAAUAUUAUUGCACAGCAACCAGUUUAUGCAUGCUCAGGUUUCUUGGGGACUUUCUCUUUUGUGCAGGCAGAACCCCCUGAACCUUGCACCUGCAGAGUAGAUAGAAAUGUAACAACCUGCUGUGUAGAUAUACAGGCGGAUACAUCAGCGCUGUGUCAAAUGCUGUUCUUGGUACUCAAGUGUUCUGUGUUGCUGAGGUAAGUGCUCCACCCCACAUCCCAGUAGUAAGUCAGUGGGCUGAAAUUAAUGUUUAUGGCUAAGCCUGAAAGAGCGCUACAGUAUCAAUGUACAGAGAAGGUGCAGAGAAGGGUGAAGGAAAUCAGCAUUCAUCUACAGGGCUCUUUGUACAGCUGCAAUAGUUGAGAUCAUUUUAACAAGCUGCUGCUGUGAGUGACUGAAGGGCUCUGGUAGAUGAAGGUUUGUUCUCUCAGUCUUCUCUCAUGAGUGCUCAGAAGAGAGCUUUCCAGUAUCAGAGGCUGUUGGCCAGUGAGUUGAUACUAUUACAAAAGAAUUUUUAGUGCAAACUGAGUAGCUUGUAGGCCAGCAUGGUUCUGCUGAGACCUUGAAGAAACAGAAAAAUGCUGCUGAGGAAAAGCUACUAGGGCCCUAACUCAGCAUCUGUUGGGAGAGCUCUCACCAGCAAAGGAAAGAGAAUGGCAUGCUGUGAAAGUCAUGGGUCCUGUAGAGAAGCCAAGGAGUAGGAUGCUUUGUGGUGACCAACAGGAGAUGGGGAAGGAAAAGAAGGAUUUCCCUGUAUGACUGGCUUUUGGGGAAUCAUUCCAGUGGGGUAUAGCCUCCUGGAGGACCCUGUAGUUUUGUUGUUCCUUUGUCCGUUUCCGACUCUUUUCCCUGGGGAUCUUUGCAGCAGCAUAUGGGUACUACAGCCAAGAUAAAACCCUUUGAAGCUGUGCCAACUCUGGGAAGAAUUCCAGUACAUGAAAACUAUCCUAGAGUAGAAAUGUGCAGUUUCUUCCAGAGAUGGGGGUCGGCAGCAUAAAACAAAGAUCAAGAUCAAACUCUUAAGAGCUUUGUAAGACUGUGGGAUUCUGGCUCUUCCUCUCUCCCCUCUGGGCUAUCUAAGAUUGAAGACAAGGCUAGCACCAGACUGUAGUUUCUAGUCCCUUGGGUAAACACUGCUGCCAGCAACCCUCCUAGGGCCAGAAAGCAGAAGCUCACUUUUAAUCAAAACCUCAGAGCUUCCAAUUACAGCAUCCAGUUUGGGACAUGCUAUUUCAACUGUAGGUCAAUGAGGGAGAGUUUAAAGCCUUCCGACAAUCAGCUUGGUGUUUUUCAGCUGUAUGUCCUUGUGAAGUAAUGUGACUGUGUAUAUGAAGUAAAAACAAAGGCCUGACAUACUUAGCAUAGCCUUAGCUGUCUAGAAGAUGUCAGAUCUCUAGCAAGGGAUCACCACAAUUUGCAGAAAAAUUCUUGUUUGGAAAAAAGUUAACCAUACUUUUUUUUAUGUAUUUGCAAGCCACUGUAUGGUACUGAAGGCUGAGAUGAGUUCAUGACUUUCAUGCUACAGCUCUGUAGUCAUUUUAUUUGCACUCACGUUCUACUUGACACCUUCAGUAUUGGCUGUAUUAAUGCAAUAUUUGAUGGACUGCUGGGAGAGACAGGACAUUCUGACACACUGACAUACAGUGUGUCUUUGUUACAGUACAGUGUCUGUAAUGUGCUCACUCUUUCUUAAGGAGAAUCAGGAGUAAACUUCCUACACCGAUGUACAAAGCCAAGGAAAUCACCUGAAGGGUGUUCACACUAUCACAGCAGCCUGUGAUCAUACUGUGUCCUUCAUUAACAACCUCCAGCUAGCAGAUACCAUUCUUGUUUAACAGCCAGCAAAGGGAGACAAAUCUGACCUUUGGUCAAAGCCAUGUAUGUUAUGGAGGCCAGGCUGUGGCAGUGCCUGCGACAGCUGUUUUGCCUCAACUUACCUAUCAUUUCUAUUUCCACAAUAAAAUGUAAUCCAAACUGUUAAACAGUAUCAUUCUCCCUGUACCUCUUCUGCAAGUUACAAGGGGCUCACAGUAGUAUCUGAUGAUAAAGGGAUAUUCAGAUACCAAGCUAUGAGGUUUCUAUUCUUACUACGUGCUAUCUAGUACUGUUAAAGGUAUAGAAGUAGUACCAUGUUUGCCUGUAGCCAGCUGCUUGGAGACUGACUGUGACCUUCUGCAUUGUGUAUGCACCAGCAGGUACUGAAGCAGAGCUGGGGAGGGGGUUAGGAUGCACGACUGCUGCACUGUGCUUGUGGUGUUCAUUCUUCUUAGGAAUGCUGACUGAAUUGUAAAUGAUCCUUUGGUCACAACAUGCGGCAACAACUACCCACUCAUGUUUGCCUUGUCCUAAUUCCACAUUUUGUGUGGCUAAAUUAGCAUUUUAGUUAAAAUCAAGAGCAUGCAACUCCUGCUAUGGUCCAUGGCACUGGGCAAACUAGAUUGCUUUUGGAUGAAGCUAACCCAAAUGAUCCAUUGCAGCUGGCUCACAGACCAUAAAGCUGGACUAACACUGGUCUGAAGUAAACCCUUAUGAAACUUGUAUAGUGUGAACAUCAGGUCCUCACUGACAACUGACUCUACAGCUCUGCUCCUCCUGGGCUGCACUACUUGCUAGUGUAGAAAAAAAACCAACACAAAAACAUUCUACACAGCCCUGAUGAGAUUCUCUGAUCUGUUCUUAGCCUCUCCUGAGAGCUAGUCCAGUGUCUUAAUUCUUUAAGAAGAAUAAAAAGUGAAAUAGCAGCGCAGCACAGCAUCAUUAACAAACAAACAAACAGGUGAACUGAACAAGAAUCAUUCUAAAUCCUCAAUCAUUCUCUCAAAACUGAGCAAGGAUUUCGGUAUCAGCCCAGAGCAUCGCUGUUGCCCCAUUGCUGACAGUGUUAUGCUGUCCAAAGGACAUUGUUACACCCACGAAAAGGCAGUCCUAGAGUUACUAUACAUUCUAACAAGUAACAGCAACACCUCUAUAGCAGCUCAGCUGCACUGCUCAGCUUCAAGGGGCUAACACUCCUCAGAGUCACUACUCACCUGAGAAAGACUGUGCAGCCCUGCUUCUAUGGCUUCUACAGAUGAGCCUGGCCCACAGGCUGUGGUAGCCAGCAAAGGUGUGCAGGAGGUGAGGUUCCUCACCCAUAUCAGCAUACAGUUCAGACAGCUAUCACGCCGUGGGGAAUUGGAAUAAGCUUCGCAGGAAAUACCUGUCUGCUGAGAUUGCACUGUUUAUACAUUUCAUCACGGAACCUCAGAGAAUUAAAGGAAAGCUGUGAAAUAUAAAACAAUUUUUUGUACUUGUUGUCUUUAAUUAAAGAUCUCCUGAAAUAUAAUCUCUCUGCAUCUAGCCAAACACAA